AUGAAAGAAGCCCUCCCCGAGGCCUGCAGAGUUUCUUCGUUCUCCUCUUCGAUCUGCAAAACACCAGAUUUCACUGCUGCCAGAGAAAAAUACCGGGGUCAGCGUCGGUCCCUGGGCCCUUCCAAAUGGAUCAUCCUUCAAGUUAGUCACAGUAGCCUUGCACACACUCCUGUAUUUCACAGGAUCCCAGCAGUGCUGCUGCCCCUAAAGAGGUGUGUGGUCUCCAGGGCACCAGGCCUACAGCCAUGCACAGCAGCCGCCUGUCUGCACUCUGUAAGCACUGGGGAUUCUGACUCUUGCUACAGAACUGAAGCUCUUAACUUUUUGAAGGUCAUGGAUAUAAUUCAGGGGAUCCAAGGACUUAGAUGGGUAAAAAUGCCACCUUGA